CGAAAUUGCAGCUGCCACAGCUACGCCACACGUCGAAUAUGCCACAUGGGGGGUGGGCUACAGUCAUCAACUUAACCCAAUCAAUCCACGUCAACGUUUCCUCCGCGAGCGUCCAACAUCAACCAUUAAACAACCUUGCUUGCGAACUUCAAUCCGAGACCUUUAAUCUCUAUCAGCAACUUUCGACAGCACAAGCGAUAUAUCAUGGCUGGCCCAUCUGCCUCCCCUAUCUGGGUCUCUCAACUCGAGAGCCCUCCGGCUGCCAAGUCCAAGCAAUCUGGCGUUCAGGAUCCUCCUGGUUUCAGCUCCGGAACAACCGUCACCAACUCCAAGGCACGCGCAUUCUCUAUCGCGCGAUCGAAACGAUCAAAGACUAACACAGCAAACAGAAGAACAAGGAUGCUGUCAAGGUUCAGCCCCGCAAGCCCCCGACUACCGCCGAGAUGGAAACCUUGAAGCUCAAGAAGGCCUGGGAAGUCGCGCUGGCUCCUGUUAAAGGUCUUCCCAUGACCGCCAUCAUGAUGUAUAUGUCGGGCAACUCUCUCCAGAUCUUCAGUAUCAUGAUGGUCUUUAUGGCAUUCAAGAACCCUUUGAUGGGCUUGAUGAACACGAACCAGGCCUUCGAACGCUUCCAGUCAGAGUCUCUUUCCUCCCAAUUAUUGCAGGUCAAGUUUGUGUAUGUGGUAUGCCAGCUGGUUGCGCUUGGUGUCGGAAUUUGGAAGAUCAAUGCCAUGGGUCUAUUACCAACAACACGAUCCGACUGGCUGAUGUGGGAGGCGCAAAGAGAGCCUCUGGAGUUCGCUGUGGCAGCUUUAUAACCUGUCUAUUGAUACGAUAAAUGACUAGAUAAUUAAUUGGACUUGCAAAGCUAUGCCACAUUCAUUGCUUCUCUUUUUGCUUUGGCUGCCCUCCAUCGCAUACCUCUCUUGUCAACAAGUCUCAAAGCCGGGAUCAUGGCCAAGUUCAGUAAAGCAAGAAACGUGAAACACCACCCUCUACCCAUUCCUGCGAUCAUGUGGUCAAUGGCCGCCGUCGCUGCAGCUCCAAACAUACAUCGCACGAGGUUAUUAGCUGCAGUUGCUGUAGCUGGAGCAUGUGGGUUAAGAUCAACAAUAAGGGUAUUGAGAACACUGAAUGAGGUUGGAACGAACAUGCCGAUAAGGAAGACAAGGACCAAUGGGACAGCAACUGAAGUUUCAACUUGCAAAGCCCAUCCAUACCCUAUAAGUGUCGCGAUACCAGCGAGGAGCGUUGGAUAGACCGGCUGGAUUCGCGCAGUCUCGAUUGGGAACUUGCCCAGAUCAUCUCCCCGCUUACGGUUGAUAGUGAAGCCAAUUUUCUUCGCAAUUCGUCGAUAGUUCCAGUCCAAGACGUAUCCUUGACCAACAACGGCCAAAGCGCAGCCAAAUCCGUAAGGCAAAUAGCAAAGACCAACCUGAAGAUCGUUAUAGCCGUACGUCUCUUUGAAGAGUGUUGAUAGGGUAGCCGCCACUAAAAUGAAAGCCAGGUAGAUGAUGGCAUUGAUACAUAGAAUAAUAGCCAUUUCUUUCUCAAAGACGAUGUAAAGCGUCUUCAAUGGGUUGGGAAACUUCAACUUCUGCUUCGGAAUAUUCUGGCUUGUAACAUCUCCUCGGUGGCUGUAAAGAUCAAGUAGUGACCUGUUCCAUUUUGGUGGUGCCAUCGAGCCAUUGCCAACGACUUUACGGCACGUCUCGGGAGCGGAGAGGAUAAAGGGGAUCAUCCAGACACCAGAGAAGAUGGCACAAAACCAGAAGAUAGCAGGCCAUCCAAGGUACUGGCUCAGAAUACCACCCAGGACUGGCCCGAGAGCAGGCCCAACAUUGAUUCCGGCUCCAACAAUGCCCAUAUAUUUUCCUCUUUCAGCUGUCGAGGAUAUGUCCGCUACCACAGCAAAACCAAGGGCCAGAGUACCACUGCUGCCCGCACUUUGAACACAACGAAGGAUCAGUAGCGCAACAAAGUUACGUUGCAGGGCCAAACCAAUGUUUGCACAUAUAUAAAUCAAGAAGGCCAGUAUAUAAGCGGGUCGACGCCCGGCCAUGUCGCCGAAGUCGCCGAAUAUGGUUGGUGAUAGCCCCUGAAAUAUCAUGUAAGAUGUCAAAGUGAGGUUGACAAGUGACACAGAUAUGUUCAAAUCUUCGGCUAUAGGGGGAAUUGCGGGGAAAUAUAUGUUGGCCGUCAUAGGCGAGACGAAGCUGGCUGCUGUGACCAAAGCUAGGAUCCAUCUUUUUGUGUUCUUUGAGAAAACGCUGUAUGCUGGACCGCUUGAGACUCUGCUCAUGCUCUCGGGAUCACCCAUUAUCGUCUCGUCAGCUUGAGUUGUUGAUACAUUAUGUGGCGGUCUGCCAAGUUUCUCGGUAUUGUUGUUAUCGAGGCCCCCAAGAGUCUCCGACUCAGUGCUCUGUAUGCUGAUAUCGUCAUGGUCAUGUCUCGGAGGGUUUUCGGUGUUGGAAGAGGGCUGGUUUUGGCUUUUCUCUUUCAUCUUCGCUGAACAGAAGGAUGGAAUAUACAACAAACAUGAUGAGAAAGUCGCC